AGAGAACGAGAGAGAACCAAAAAAGCCCUUUCUCCAAAGCUCACAAAUUUUCCAGAUUAGGGUUUGCGCUCUGUCCCUCUAUGUCUCUCUCUCUCUCUCACAGAGUCCGAAGCUCCCAGUAAGAUCUCUUACUCUGAUCUCGAAUUUAUGUUUUUGCUUUCGUUGUUUUCAUGAAAGUGUUUUUGAUUGUUUUCUGAAACCAGUUCGAAAUCGAAUGCCCUAGUUCUAGGAAUCAUCAAUAACUAUGGAUGAAAAUGAAGGUGGUGGUGGGUUCGGCGACGUAGGAGAUCAUCGGAACGAAGCGAUCUCCGCCGUUGCCGACGAGGGUUUUCUAGGCGAAGAAGACGAUGACUACGAAGAUCUUUACAACGAUGUCAAUGUUGGUGAGGGUUUUCUUCAAUCGUUUCGUAAGAAUGAGGAUUUAGAGUCUAGAAAUGAGGAGGUGGAGAAGAAGGUGGAGCCGAUUCUGCCUCCGCAGACGGUGGCGGAGUCGAGUGCAUCGAUACCUGGUGUUGUGGAGAGGAAAUUUGAGAAGGAUGGUGAUGGUGGUUCUAGGUUUUCUGGUAGAAUUGAGGGGUUUCAGGAUGUGGGUUUUAGAGAUAAUGAGAUGGGUGUGGGGGAAUCGGGCGGAGCACCAUUACCUAGGGUUGAAUUAGGGCAGUCGUCAGGUAAAGUAGGUGAUUUAGAAGAUCAGACUGUGAAUAAUAAUAAUAGCUUGCCGAAUCGAGUGAUUGGUCAGCAACCUCGAGCAGCUGGUGUUGGGAUUGUAGGAAAUGCAGGGAAUGAAGGGUUUCCUAGGCAAGGUGGAGGACAUGUAAAUGGUUCUGGUGGUACUGGUACUGGGGUUGUGGCGGGGACGAGGAGUGGAGGUACUGGGUCUGGGGGUGGAGGGACAAUUCUAUUUGUUGGUGAUUUGCAUUGGUGGACUACAGAUGCUGAGCUUGAGGCUGAGCUUUGUAAGUAUGGGCCUGUGAAGGAGGUGAAAUUUUUUGAUGAGAAGGCGAGUGGGAAAUCGAAAGGGUAUUGUCAGGUUGAGUUUUGUGAUCCUGCUGCAGCGACAGCUUGCAAGGAGGGAAUGGAUGGGCACAUGUUUAAUGGGCGGUCAUGUGUUGUGGCAUCUGCUUCACCAUAUAGUAUCAAACGAAUGGGAGAGACUCAGUUUAAUAGGAACCAACAGAUGGCUCAGGCUGCUCUUGCUCAAGCAAGGAGGGGUAGUGGUGAUGCUGCAGGUAAAAUUGGGGGCAACAACAAUACAACAGGUGGGAAUAAUCAAGUUGGUGGUGAUAACAACAGAGGCUUUGGGAAUUAUCAAGGUGGCAAUGAUAACAAUAGAGGUUUUGGGAAUUAUCAAGGUGGUGGUGAUAACAAUAGAGGAUACGGGAAUUACCAAGGCGGCGGUGAUAACAAUAGAGGUUAUGGGAGAGGAAAUUGGGGGAGAGGCAAUGGUCAGGGGAUGGGAAAUCGGGGGCCUACUGGUCCAAUGAGAAAUAGACCUGGUGGGAUGGGGGGACGUGGUAUCAUGGGGAAUGGUGGAAAUGGUUUUGGGCAGGGUAUCGGUGCGACACCUCCUUUGUUGCACCCUCAAACUAUGAUGGGUCAGGGUUUUGAUCCAGCUUUUGGAGCACCUAUGGGGAGGAUGGGAAGUUAUGGAGGGUUUCCUGGUGCUCCAACUCCCCCAUUUUCGGGGAUUUUGUCUUCAUUCCCACCGGUGGGAAGUGUUGGUUUGCCUGGUGUAGCUCCUCAUGUGAAUCCAGCGUUCUUUGGAAGAGGCUUGCCCAUGAAUGGAAUGGGCAUGAUGCCCACUACUGGUGUUGAGGGACAUAAUAUGGGAAUGUGGUCUGAUCCUAAUAUGGCUGGAUGGGCUGGUGAGGAGCAUGUUGGCAGGGCAGGGGAGUCUAGUUAUGGCGAAGAAGCUAUGUCUGACCAUCAGUAUGGAGAAGUAACCCAUGAUAGAGGGGGUUGGCAAAAUUCCAUGAAAGAAAAAGAUAGAGGAUCAGAAAGGGACUGGUCUGGGUCAUCUGAUAGGAGGUAUCGAGAUGAUAGAGAUCCUGGUUAUGAUAGGGACAUGCCUAGGGAAAAGGAUAUUGGUCAUGAUCCUGAAAGGAGGCAUCGUGAUGAUAGAGAUGUUGGUCAAGAUAGAGAGCGGGAGCGUGACCGUGAACGUUCUCGAGAUCGAGAUCGAGAUCGUGAUAGGGAUCGUGAUCGGGAACGGGAUCGACAUAAGGAUGACAGAGACAGAUAUGCGGAUCAUCAUAGGUAUAGGGACCGGGAACCAGAAUAUGAAGAGGAAUGGGAAAGGGGACGGUCGUCGAGGAUGCACAGCAAGUCACGAUUGUCUCAAGAGGAAGAGCCACCGCGCUCAAGAUCAAGGGAUGCUGAAUAUGGAAAGAGGCGGCGUCUAACCUCGGAAUAACUGAAUGUGAAGUUGCUUCUAUUUGAGGAUUCUGUCCACCUGUGGGUUUGUCAUCUUCAUAUGGACUCUUCUUGAAGUUUGUGUUCUUAGACAUGUGGAUUUAUUGAACAGCUAUUCUCUAUGAUACCUUUCAUGUCUCUAAUGCGUGGAAUCAAUUCGUUUCUUCCUUGGGAGACAGUUUCCUUGGCGCAUGAAAAACUCUUGAAGGAUGUCUAAUUUAGGAAUUGAAGCUGUUCAGAGAUCCUUUGCUUUCUUGAUGAGGAGCACACAAACUGUCUAUGCAAGAGAGAGAUACAGAUAAACUGGAUGGCAUUUCCUCUUUUGCAGACAUUGAUGUAGGAGUAGAACUUCUUAUCUAAGUUGUUAGCUGUUCUUUGCAUUUUAUGUUUUAGUUAAAUAUCACUCAAAACAGACCAAUGUUAUGGAUGAUGAUGAAUUAUGGCUUGAAAACACUGAAGUCUGAGAAGUGGUGGAUUGUUUUAGAAAUUACUGUUUGGAUGUGAUAUUAUGAUGUAAUAGGAUUUGACACAAAGGAUGUUGUUAAUUGCCCUCUCUUGUUUGUA